AUGGGUUCAGACAGUGAGCUGGACUGUAGGCUUCCACGCCAGGCAUCUUGGGUUUCUCACAUCUGCGUGUAUGGGGCCGUGAGCGUGCGUGACCUCCGGGCUUGCGAGCCCAGCACCCUUGAGUACUCUAAAGGAGAGGGCGCCAACCUGUGCGAGCGCGCACCCUCGUUCGGGGAAGCCUGUGUGCAGAUUGUCUCCAAGGUAGCUCAACAGCCGGCAAGUAGACCCCCUCGUAAAAAGUAUGGUAAACGCAAAGGGGUCGUUCGGAGGAGUGCUGGGAAGAGAGAAGCCUCAGGAUCACUGCCAGUUGGUGCCGAGAGUGAGGAUGCCCUGUGCGGUGACAAAUCACGGGUGCACACGACCUCUGCCCCUGCUCCAGCAGAAAGGCCAAUAAAGGCAUCACGGAGAUCCAGCGCGAGCCACGAUUUCCCGACACUGUCGGGACACGAGGGUGAGAAAGAGGGCAAGGCAAAGGCACAAGCCUCCACGGUUACAUCCCGGCGUCCCACAGUCCUGGAGGAGGGUGCAUGUGCUAAUGAUGGACAGGUGGCCCCAUCCCAGCCACGGGGUGUCAUCCCCACUGUGCCCAUAGCUCUGAACGCAGAGGCACAGGACACCUGGCCGAAGACCGUGGCUACUCACUCCGCGUGCUCUGCGCUCUCAAGGAAUGCUGAGGACUCUGGGGAGGGGGCCUCGAAGCCAGGCGUGGAAGGGGCGGCCGCUUCUUCCGGGUCCCCUGCCCCCUCCAGGUCCCCUGCCAUGAGGCCGCGUGACUCCCUCUGUCUGGCAGACAGAAUUAGGAAGCUAAAAGCGGCAGUUUGUUCCGAAGGACUGCAAGAACGCCGACCUCCUGCUGACUCAAUGUCUAGGAAUCCCAUCCGCAAGGCUAAAAUGGCUGGUGGUAAACGAGGUGGACAACCUGCCAGCAUGGCUCUGACACAGGAGCCUCCUCCAGUUGAAAGAGGAACGAUGGUGUGGUUUAAAUUUCAAGACCACCCAUUCUGGCCGGCUGUGGUGAAGAGUGUCAGUGCGUCGGAGAAGACCGCACGGGUGCUCUUGAUUGAGGCAGACCUGCGCCAGGAGAGGAGCGGCAUCCGAGUUCCUCUUCGAAGACUGAAGCCCCUGGAUUGCAGAGAGAAAGACAGACUCCUGCAGAGAGCCAGGAAAGUGCACGAGCAAGGUGUUAACUGGUGUUUCUCCCUCAUCUCCCACUACACACAAGCCAUCGGCCGGGGUUCCUUCGUGGGCUCUUUCCUGGACUAUUAUGCCGCCGACGUCAGCUACCCACUCAGGAAAGCCAUCCAAGAGGGCCCGCUGGAGGUUGACUUUCCAAAGGUGAACUAUGCCGACCUGGAAGACUCUGAGGAGGAGACCUCCCUGGGCGGGAAGAGGCCCUGCAAGAGGAUUCUCCCCGACAGGAUGAGGGCCGCUCGGGACCGGGACAACCGCAAGCUGGUGGACUUCAUCGUGAAGAGAAGGGGGGCCGACCACCACCUCCUGGACAUCUUGAAGGGCAGGAAACAGUCCAGGUGGCUGACAUCAUUUCUGAAUUCACCAAGGCACAGGCUCUGCGUUGAAACGUACCUGGAAGAUGAGGACCUGUUGGAUGUUUUGACGAAACAUCUACAAGAAAUCUAUACACAAAUGGACAACACCAUGCUGACUCUCAUAAGAGACGACAAAGUAAAUUUUGUUCUGGAAGUUCUCCUGCCAGAAGCAAUCAUUUGUUCCAUCGCAGCACUUGAUGGGCUGGAUUACCAGGGGGCAGAAGAGAAGUAUCUGCGAGGGCCCCCCGUGCACUACCGCGAGAAAGAACUAUUUGACAGAAACAGAUCUGAUGCCACCCGGCAGAAGACUGGCGUCUCGGACGCCUGGCUCCCACCGGGUGCCCAGGAUGCCCGGGAGAAGCUUUUACAGGAAGCCGCCUGGUUGCGGAUCAAAGGGCAAGUGCGGGAUGGCAGAGAGAUGUUGAAAUCCUACAGGCAGCAGAGCACAGUGUCCCAGAAGCCCCGCCAGCUGCCCGAAGCCCUGGGGAAGAUCAGCUGGAAGAGGAGUUCCUCUUCUCCCUUCAUGAGCCACCCAUUGGGGCAGUGA